UUUUACGCUUCCUACCUGCAUCCUUCUCAGCCUACAUACUGUGUACUGCUGCGUUUAUGUGUCAGUAGCUGGUGGAUAAAGUUGUGCUGUUCAAUGCUUCAAACCAGACACAAAGGUGAAGUGCAGAUCGGUGGGCUCCACUUCAAACAUCUUGCAGACCACGACCAUGCUUGCAGGAGGUCUCUGCAACACUCUGCUGCAAUGAUCCCAUUUGACACAGCAGAGAAGAAGGUUACAGGUGGGGCGUGGUUUGAUAUCUCACUGAAUUAUCUCAUAGCAGGCUCCAACAAACACCACAAAGACGCAUUUAGCAGUUAUUAUCGUUUGCAACAUUAAAAUGGACCAAAAGUGGAGUCAGAUUCUGGUGAUUCUGGUGUUUUGUCAAAGAAUCACUUCAGGAGUUGGUGAAGACAGAACUGUAAAGGAAGGGGAGCAGGUUGAAAUCACAUGUAUUCCUCAGGAAGUGGGCAGCAUAGUCGUCUGGUUUCGAGUUCUGGACACGUCUGGCAUGGAAUUCAUUGCAUCUUUCAGCAGCAAUGGUCUCCUAAAGUCACCCGCGGCCUCCUUUCCUUCUACCUUCAGUCAGUCAAAGAUUCAGCAAAAUAUCCUAACAUUGAAGUCUUUCAGCAAAUCUCGGGACAGCGGCGUUUACAACUGUGCGUCUCUCAAAGCCAAUGAACUGAAAUUUGGUGUAGCAACCCGACUGGUCGGAGAAAAAGUUGAAGUCGCAGUAGUGGAAACACCUAGUGGAAGGGCCUCUGCUGUCACCACCGAACAAAAUCCAUGCACAACUGCUGCGCCAUGUGAUUGUAACAACAUUAACAAGCAAGGGGAAACCAGUCCUCAAAUGUUUUGUACUCCAAUCAUACUGGGCCCAUUGGCCGGCGGCUGUGGCCUUCUUCUUCUAAUCCUCAUCAUCACCACCGUGUACUGCAACCACAUAAGGACCAGGAGAUGCCCACACCAUUACAACCGAAAACCACGGUCGGGAGCUCAUGAAAAACUAAAAGUGGACAAUCGACAUGUUUAAUCCGAAUGGUGUAAUUUCAUGGACACUGCUUUAAAUGGCAAUUACAUUACAGGCUUGUUGCAGAAAUCUUUUUUCAUCUUUUUUCAGUUUAAUUACAUUUCUGGUGAACAUGUUGCUGCCAACUUAAAAAGGCUCUUUGUGAAGUGUUUAAAACGGUUCAAGGUUUCAAAUUAUAAAACAUCUUCAAAGCUCUUAGCCGGC